UUCCGUCAUCUCGCUCGUCUCCGAGGCUACAGGGGGCCAAUGUUGAUUUGGGCGAAUUCCCGUCGUUGUCGGGCCCCACCGAGGAUUAUUUUUUAAAAGCUGGGUUCGGUAACGAAAAGUGGCAGACGUUUGAUUGAGAAUAUUGCACCCCCGCUGUCGGUAUAGCUGUUUUUUGGGCUGGGGGAGAGGUGGGGAGCCGGGGGGCCUCGCUCGGAGGGGGCUGCAAGGAGGGACAGGAGAAGACUGGAUCCUCCGUGUUCAGGCCAACUGCGCCGAGGUCGGCCUGGCAGUCCAGUGAAGCCCCAGAGAUACCGAGAUACCACAACGAUAGGUCCCCGUGGAUUUAAACUCGAUAUCGGUCGCCGGUUGUUGAUGACCGUGGAGUGAGUGAGCCCGCUGCACUAUCUCACCGUCUCGCCGUGGCACCGCAUCAGCAGCUGUCAGGCUAUUAAAGAUCAAGACCUCGGAGUUAACGAUUGGUAACCCUUACAGUUGGAUUUAGGAAAUACCGUUCAGACCUAAUCGAGCUUAGACCGGCUUGACAAGGCUGUAGGGCGGCCAAAAAGCCACGGAUCGCCCGUUGACAAGUUGUCAUCAUGGGCAACGCGCCCACGGCCAGGAAGGGCAGCGAGAUGGAAAGCGUCAAGGAGUUCCUUGCUAAAGCCAAAGAGGACUUUCUCAAGAAGUGGGAGAACCCUGCACAGAACACUGCUUGCCUGGAGCAGUUUGAGAGGUUGAAAACCCUGGGCACGGGCUCAUUUGGCCGUGUGAUGCUGGUGAGGCACAGAGAAACGGGACAGCAUUAUGCCAUGAAGAUCCUCAACAAGCAGAAGGUGGUGAAGCUCAAGCAAAUAGAGCACACUCUGAAUGAAAAGAGGAUUCUUCAGGCAGUCAGCUUUCCUUUUUUGGUGCGGUUAGAGUACUCUUUCAAGGACAACACUAACCUCUACAUGGUGAUGGAAUAUGUACCAGGUGGAGAGAUGUUCUCCCAUCUACGGAGAAUUGGCAGAUUUAGUGAGCCUCAUGCUCGGUUCUAUGCUGCUCAGAUCGUUCUAACCUUUGAGUAUCUGCACGCUUUGGACCUGAUCUACAGAGACCUGAAACCUGAAAACCUGCUCAUAGAUCAACAGGGCUACAUACAGGUGACAGAUUUUGGCUUUGCCAAACGUGUAAAGGGCCGGACCUGGACACUGUGUGGCACCCCAGAAUAUCUGGCCCCAGAGAUUAUUCUCAGCAAGGGUUAUAACAAGGCAGUAGACUGGUGGGCGCUGGGCGUACUCGUCUAUGAGAUGGCAGCAGGGUACCCGCCAUUCUUCGCUGACCAGCCCAUUCAAAUCUAUGAAAAGAUCGUUUCAGGGAAGGUGCGUUUCCCAUCUCACUUCAGUUCAGACCUGAAGGACCUCCUGAGGAACCUGCUACAGGUGGAUCUAACAAAACGUUACGGGAACCUCAAGAACGGGGUCAACGACAUCAAAGGACACAAAUGGUUUGCAACCACUGACUGGAUUGCCAUCUACCAGAAAAAGGUGGAAGCUCCCUUCGUCCCCAAGUUCAAAGGACCAGGCGACACCAGCAACUUUGACGACUAUGAGGAGGAGGAGAUACGUGUCUCCUUCACUGAGAAAUGUGCCAAGGAGUUUGCGGAGUUCUAGAGUUAGAGAGCGAGAGAGGAAGAGAGAAGGAAGUAGGGAGAGUCAAAGGUAGGCUGGUCAAGUGGGAGACGUAAGGAGAGAGUACUGUCUCCUGUCCAAUCACAAGCACCAGCUACAAAAAAAGAGGGAAAAAAUGGGAUAGAGAAGGGAAAAAGAGCAAGGAGACUGAUAACCAGCAGUGUUGCCUUUUCUGUUGCGUUUCUGUAUUUUAUUUAUUAUUCUGUCUUAUUUAUGGAUCCCUUUAUAAUGAAGGUGUGCUUCAGAGUCAUGGGUGUUGGGAACCCCACUUAUUUAGAGUUGCCUCUAUACGUUUUCACUCAAGAUCUUCCCUCCUUUUUUUUUAUUAUUUCAUUCAUCAUUUACUCACUUUCACAGAGAAAUCAGUCAGUCUGUUUUAAUCUCCUGCAGUCUGUUGGUCAUAACAUGAAGCCUGUUGGGUCGUACAAGUCGAGGUCUCAGUCUGCACAAAAGUUUCUUAAGUUUAAACUGAUAACCGGCUAACGUGUUUUUUCUCUGAUGAGCAAGAGAAGUGAACAUUUAAAUGAACCGCACUCAUAUGCACUUAAAAAACCUUUAUGUUUUGCAGUUAUUUUUCCUUUACAUAUUCAAACCGUUGCUGUUUCAUAUCGUAAACGGCGUCCGUCAAGUCACCGGUAUGAUUGGCCAAUAGAAAAACAUAAAGAUGAUGCGUUGUGUGCUCAAACAGGAUUCAAUCAAAGACAGAUGACCCUUAAGGGGGAAAAGUCAGUUAUGUUUACUGUGUAACUCCAUCGAUACUUCUUAUCAUUGUUAGCAUAGCCAGGCUUUGUGCACUCAAUUUUUAAAUGUUACUAGAUACUAGUGGCUCCAAUGAUAUCAUGUCACGCUAACAAACACGGACAUUUGGAUAAGGGAAAGUUAAUAUCUCAGUUUUAAUGAUGUUGUGGAGGAACAACGUAACAUAAUGGUAUCUCAGGUUUGAACAUAUCACUUAAUAAGACAUGUUAUCAACAUAAAGCAUUACUAUUAGCAGGUGAAGAAGCUGUGUGAGACACCCGAUACAUAUUUGGGAAUUUAAAGUUCUGGUAGCCACUAAGAGGAACUUAGGGGAAUAUUAAGACUUUCGGUUAGUGUACUCCAGAUUUCCCCUUUCAGAAGAUUUGGUUUUCUUAACUCAGCAACUCCUAAAAGCACUCACUGUCUCUGCUCAGAGCUCACUUUCUAGUCAAGUUGAUGUUGCAUUUUAAAUAAACCAUUUGGCCUUUGCCAAAAACAACUAAAGGAGAUCAUCUGAGGCUAUUUCAGUUUCUGGCUGGUGGUCACUGUAGCACUUUGACCAGUCAUUGAGCCAUAGUGUGCUUUAUGGUCUGUUAUAGAAACCCCAACAUUCAGCCCCCUCCUCUUAUCAACCACUCCAUGUGACAGCAACUCUGUUCCAUUUUUUGUGUUUACAUGCACAGUUUUGUUUGGGCUGCAACUAAUAUUUAUUUUGUUUUUUAUUUUAUUUAUUUUAAUCGUUUAGUCUAUAAAAUGUCAGAAAAUAGUGAAAAAAAUGUCCAUCCCAGCUGCUCAGAGUCCAAGCUGGUGUCUUUAAAUGUCUUGCUUUUCAAAGAUUUUCAGUUUAUCAUGAUAUAAAUCAUAGAAUAGUAGGAAAUCUUCAUAUUUGAGGGCCUAAAAACAGAAUUUUUGUGUCAAGAAUUACUUAAAAAUAGUUGACAAUUAUUUUUCUGUCCAUCAAUAAAACGAUUAGUCGACUAAUUGUUGCAGCUCUAAAGGUAUUUUUUCAUGUGGUGAUGAUGUAAAGAUGACUCCAUUGAACAAGGUAGAGCACCCCGAGUGGAUUAUGGCUAGUAAUUAGUGAAGACAGAAAUUAUCUUAGUUCACAGAAUACAAGCUGCCAGUUUAAAGUGCAGGACACAUAGCACUUCAGGUGAUUAAUGCCUUGGUAGCUACUGAGCUACGAUGGCAAAGUACUUAUGUAAUGCCCAAAAUGGUGGUCAGUGUAGGAUUUGGUCAUUCAUAAUUUAUGAAAUAAUACAAAGUGACAUUAAUGUUGUUUUCAAACAUUCAAAUGCCUUCUUCAUAGCUGUAUUUUAAUGUGCCACCAUAAUGAAGAUAUUCUAUUUUGCUUCAAACAGGCACUCUGGUUUUUCUUUGAUCGCUUUAAAAUCCAGAUAUUUUUUGAUUCACACAAGUCCUUUCUCUCCAAAACCGUUCAGAUAUGGAAAAUACAACAUGCCUUUUCUCAGAGAUAAACAGCUGUAAUGUGUAAUUGUGUGUGUAUGUCAAGUGACACACAAUCACACAGUAAUGUGGAAUUAUAUUUUAACACAGAUAUUAGCCCAGUGUCCAUAGCCGGAUUAACCAGCUCCACCAUUCCUCCCACUCUCUGUACAUUGUGUACAUUAUCACUCUGCUGGAAUAUUACAUGGCCCCAGGCUGACUGUGCGGUAAUUUGAUUUAAACACAAAUUCAUUUAGGAAUAUGCACCAUGUAAGCACAGCAUUAGCUGUAUUAAUGUAGGUCUUAAAGGGUAACUGUUUAAUUUUUGCACUUCUAUGAAACCUGCAAGAGACUUACAACAGAUAUGCUCACUGAUGCUGUGUUAACAUUGUAUGGGAUGGAUGAUAGAGAUGGAAAAGAUGUCUCAUGUCGACUUGCGAUUGUCGACACCAUCUGACAACUUUUCAGAGGUCUCGAGAUGAGAGGCAGGAUCUUUAAGGGACAGUUCGGACCAACAUUUUUUUUGGUGGAGAUGUCAGCUAGAUAGAACUCUGUGUCAGGUGCUCAAAGCGCCACAAACAUAAAUUUUAAAAACAACAUUUCUCUGCAGAAGUCAUGACCUUGUUACUCAAGAUGACCCACAGAGCUUGUUGUGAGCAGUUUCAUCUACACCACCGAUUCCAGUAAAGUUGGUUAAAACUUGAUAAAACAGAAUGUAAUCUUUUUCUAACCCUGUGUGACAUAUAUUCCAUUGAAAACUGUUCAAUAGAUUUAACUUCUUAAAAUCCACCUUCCUAGGGGGCAGGGGCAGAAACUUGUGUUUUACAAAAUGUUUUUACAAAACCUCAUACAUGUAUUUUGGCCUUACAGUUCUUCUGCUCCAAGCUUUGGCUCAAAUGUUGUUGGUUUUUCUGAUCCUAGCCCUUCCCCUAUACCUAAACCUACCCAUACAGGUGGGAUUUAAGAAGUUAAUGUUCAAACUGAUAGACAUUUGUGUUUGUAAUUAUCAUCUCUGAAUUCAAUGCAUUCUGUUUUUAUUUACAUUUUACACAGCUUCUUUGGAGUUGGGGUUGUUGAAACUGUUUGACUCAGAAUUGGAUUAAUUCGCUCUGAUAACAUUUGAAAGGUCUAGGAGAGCCAUUUUAUUCCGAUUCAAGUUAGUGGAGCGCACAACCGGAAGUCGCCUGCUCGGCCGUCCAAAGUCUCUACUGCAUUUGUUCUAGGUGGGACAUGGGCCCAUAGAUGUGGAACACCUGUGCAAUUUUUCACAUGGAAGUCCAACUUAUUUGGCUUCAUGUGCCACUGAGUGACUUCCAUAGUUCUCUUUAUGCAUCCAUGUGGACGAGAAGCCCAUGCGUGUGACAGUUCGACAUGUACAAUUUAAUGGCGUCCUCCUCGGCUGGCCUGUAAUGUUAGCUAGCUCAGGUGAACUAAGAUUAUCAAACUAUUCCUUCUGUGCAGUGAUAGAGUUGGCGGCAGUAGUUCAGCAGUCAGAAAAUAGACCAAACACGAGACGGCUCACAGUUCUAUCGAUUAUCUUGAGGAACUGGGUCAUGAUUUUUAGGAAGAGUAUUUGAGCACCACAAGCAGAGUGCCAUUUAGUUCUACUAUAUUUGAGAGAAGGCAGAAUCUCUACAGCCGAUAUCUCCAAAACUCGGAAACUCACAUCAAAACAAUCUGACUGAUAAAGACAACUUUGUGGCAAAAGGAAAAAUAUAUAUUUUUAAUUUCAGGGUGAACUGUCCCUUUAAGUUUCUUCAUAGUGUAUGUUGGUAUUGUGCAUAAGUAAUGUAUAAACAAAGUUCAUGUUAUGAGUUUACCACAAAUCGACUGCCACAGUGAACCUGGGGAUUUGGGAAUUGGGGCAGAUGCCCUCUUUACCCAGUUGCUAAUCCAGCCUCGCCAGUUUCUGGUAAACAGGCUCUUUCUUUCAAAGAAAUUAGUCACAUAAAAGGCAACUAACUUGUGACCAAAAGGGUCCACGCCCUCCCCUUACUAUCUGUACUUUUUCAUAUUCUUUUUUUGUCAUUGAGAGGGGUGAAACAGCUGAAAAUCAUUUCAUUGAUCAAUCUGGAGUCAAUAUCAUAUGAUAGAUGUGGCAAAAGCUGCAAGGGAGAUACACACUAUAGUUAUCAGCUGGCUUAUUGGUCAAUUUACGAACCUUUAUUAUUAUUAUAAUUAUUAUUAUUAUUACAUUGUUGUAAACCACUUGUUGAGACUUCACAUUCGCUGUAUUUCCUCCAUGUCAAGUUUAAUGUUGACUAUAUCAUCAUGGACAAAAUGUUUGAAGUUAUAAUACAAUAUUAUUCCGUG